AUGAGACGAACUCUCCCCUCAGCACUCCCACUCCUAGAGGCAGCCCCCCGAUCCCCCAUCAUCUACCCUCGUCGAUUCCAAUCCUCUACUACAUCCGCCCCUCUCUCAACCGACCCGGAAGACCUCAAUCUGCCUCCCACCUCCCACCAUCCGCCUGUCAUGUCCACCACUGCCUCGGCGGCCGACUCAGACAGUGAGGUGCAGGCUCGCCCACAGCAGAGCACCCUCGCCUCCCAACGCGCCAAAGCUGAGAACCCCAGAAGAUCUCGCAUCGACGGCCUUUUCCCUCUGUCUUACAAACAGGGCUUCUCGCAGUGGUGGACUGCUCUGCCCGCCGCUCAAGCCGAACACCGUGUGCUCUCCUUCGUCCCACAUUUGCAGCAACCUCCCACCCACGCAAAGACAGGCUCCGCGCCACCCUCACAGAACAAUUCCACCGUCAACAUAGACAAGACCGCCUCCCCAGAAGCCACCACCUCGACAAAUACAAUCACAGAUCCCUACGGUCCUCGAACGUGGCACUCUCGCCUCGUUCCCCUCUCUGGGAAAAACCGCGCACUAAACGAAUUCUCCGUGGUGCGCAAUGUCCCUGAGGAAGGUGAUCCGGAGCACAACCUGGUCAUUCUGCACGGCUACGGGGCAGGUCUAGGUUUCUUCUACAAGAACUUUGAACCCCUCUCCCGCGCACCGGGUUGGCAACUCUACGCCUUGGAUAUGCUCGGCAUGGGCCGCAGCUCGAGACCGCCAUUCAGAUUAAAAUCCAAGACGAGGGAGGCACAGAUAACCGAGGCGGAGGAUUGGUUCAUUGACUCGCUGGAAGAGUGGCGAGUGAAGAAGAAAAUUGACAAGAUGACGCUGAUGGGGCACAGCAUGGGUGGAUACAUGGCCGUGUGUUAUGCGUUGAAAUACCCUGGCAGAUUAAACAAAUUGAUUUUGGCCAGCCCAGUGGGAAUACCAGAGGACCCUUAUGCCACACACGCAGCCAUGCCCCCUCCACCAGACUCGACGAUGCAGAAUGAAGUCACCCAGGAUCAAGAAACCGAAACAACCACCGACAACAACAAAUUAUUCAAUCGCCAGAAGCAGGCAGCAAAGGAAGCUCAGUUGAAGCAGAAGCCCAACGCCAACCGCCUCCCGGCGAAAGAUACCUCGUCAGCAGAAAAUUCGUCUUCCGAAGAGACCUCGACUCCCCCACGUCGCCCUCUGCCAAGAUGGCUCACCUACCUCUGGGAUGCAAAUAUCUCGCCGUUCAGCUUUGUUCGGUGGUCCGGUCCUUUUGGCCCUCGUCUCGUCUCGGGGUGGACAUCUCGGCGAUUUUCCCAUCUACCUCCUGAGGAAGCCCUGGCAUUGCAUGAUUACAGUUACUCUCUAUUCCGGUUGAGAGGCAGCGGGGAGUAUGCGCUCGCCUAUAUCUUGGCACCCGGAGCAUUUGCGAGGAGUCCGUUGAUCAGACGUAUUGGAGCUGUAGGGAGACAACCUCUGACGACGUCCACGCACGAGGUCAAUGAAGAGGGCCAGCUGAAGCAGUAUCCGGGAUCUUCUUCAGCUGCGCAAAACGGCACUUCUCCACCAUCUUCUGCCCCACAAGAUGUGGCACGAGAAAGAGGAAUUCCGGUCGUGUUGAUGUACGGCGAAAACGACUGGAUGGACGUCUCAGGAGGGUACGCUGCGAAGAAGAAGAUUGACGCCGAAACAGCCCGCGCUUUGGGGACUGCUUCGCCUGAGGAGAGGGACCGGGACCACGGGUCUGCCAAAGUUGUGAUUAUCAACAAUGCGGGACAUCAUCUGUAUCUCGAUAACCCGGAUGAUUUCAAUGAGGUGAUACUCGCGGAGAUGGAGGAUGUGCGGAGACGGACCUUGAAGGAGAAAGAGAGGAUGAGGUAG